AUGGCAGAAAAAGGUUUAAAUGCUUACAGCUCAUCUGGCCGACCGCAAACUCGCCGGACAUGGCCACGUGAUGGUGAACGAUCGACAUCACAGAGCGAGCUUCCCGGCCGUGACAACUUUCAGCACCAUGAUUUCUUCGAUACAGAGACGUCCAGACGUCCCUCAUUUGCAUGGAGGAGUCGAAAAUCAUCAAGAUCUUCCACCACUGAAACCAAUUCUGUUCAUCAAUCCGAAUCCUCGGCCGAACUCGACCUAACUAGCGUGGGCCAAACAUGGGAUCAGAGGCCAGCUAUUAAAACACGAGAAAGUGCAACAUUAGAGAUUAGAUUGGAUGGAAUGGAAAUCACCCUGGAGUCUUUGAAAGCCGAGCUGGAGCGGAGAGACGCCGAUCUCGCUGAUAUGCGUAAACGCUGGAAGCAGACAGCUAAGGAGCUGAACAGACUCAAGAUGUCACAGAAGAGAGGAUUACAUGAAGUGACAGAUCAGCACCUUGUGGAAAUGGCCACCAGACUACGAUAUAACAUUCGAAAUAUUGCGAUCCAAUAUUUCGAGGGCAAGAUAGGAUCUCAGGCUUCAGUCCACGAACCCCGAGGAUCUAGAUUCUUGGAGUACCUAGGCCGUGUUAUCCAUGACACGACGGUACAGAACGCCCAAUUCAAGUCUGAAAGCAGAAGCUCGAGCGUUAUUCAAGCGUACCUGUGGGAAAUUCUCACCGCAGAAGUAUUCGGUCGAUACCUUUGGACAGGAUCAGAGCUAUCUGGAGCCAUUCAAGUCUUGAAUGAGCAUAUGAGACAAGGUAGAUAUCCAGUUGCCAAUUUUGACGUUGAGUCCUGUCGGAGUUUCCAACUGUGGAGUACAGAGACGACAGGUAUGAUCCUGCACACAAUCGACGCAAAGAAAGAAUCCGCAGUCAGGCGAUUCAUUGAAGAUACUGUAAGAGAUAUGGCAUCCGGUAUAGUGGAUGCAGUUGCCUCUCUCCUCAUUGUCGAUAAAGAUGAGCUGGGUCUGGAGAUUGAAAGAAUUCUACAUGAGGCUCUAGCUCUUGAUAAGGAGGUCUGUAGACAAGCUGCACGCGUAGAUUGGAUCACUUAUGAGACGCCCAUGAUCUUUGAUCCCGAGCAAAUGGAAUGGGAAGGAGACGAUGGGGCGGGGAGACGAGAUCAAACAGUCCGCCUUGUUGUCGCUCCAUCUUUGAGAAAGCGAGGGAAGUCAACCGGGGAAGACUUCGAUGUUGAUCGACUACUGCUCCCCAUGGUUGCUUCACGUUUUGGCCCUGGAGACUGA